AUAGCAAGAUAUUGUGUUUUUAAACGCAUGUUUACGAGGCUUUACAAUUCUGCAGGGCUAUAAUAUUUGUCAGUAAUAAAUAAAUGGCUGUGGAGGUUAGUGACCGUCUAUCGAUAAUAUUAGUGUUAUAGUGAAUCAACGACAAUGCCUUACUGGUAUUAUGAUAAAAAGGACCUGCAGAACACGCCGUCGUUCCGCGAUGCAAUAUCCACGGACACGGAAAAUCGGUACAGGAAAGAAGGCGCGAGGUUCAUCAUCGAUACUGGCUCGAAGAUGGACCUAGGUUAUAAUACAGUGGCCACUGGAGUUGUUUACUUCCACCGCUUCUACAUGUUCCACUCGUUCAGAACAUUCCCGAGGUACAUCACCGCGUGUUGCUGCCUCUUCCUGGCGGGCAAGGUGGAAGAGACGCCAAAGAAAUGCAAAGAUAUCAUAAAGGUUGCCAAGUCGUUGCUAACAGAGCAGAAAUUCGCUAGUUUCGGAGACGAUCCCAAAGAAGAGGUGAUGACGCUGGAGAGGAUCUUGCUGCAGACGAUCAAGUUCGACCUGCAGGUGGAGCACCCGUACGGCUACUUGCUGAAGUACGCCAAGUGCCUGAAGGGCGACAAGGCCAAGCUACAGAAGAUGGUACAAAUGGCGUGGACAUUCGUUAACGACAGUUUGUGCACAACAUUAUGUUUACAAUGGGAGCCGGAGGUCAUAGCGGUGGCGUUGAUGUUCCUCGCGGGCAAGCUCAGCAAGUUUGAAGUACUGGACUGGAAUGGUCGGAAUCCUAAGCACACAGCAUGGUGGGACAUGUUCGUUGAAGAUAUUACAAUGGAGCUGCUCGAGGAUAUUUGUCAUCAGAUGACACAGUCCUAUGAUGAUGACCAAUGGAGGUGCAUCCUAAUCUGGACUGGACAGCAUCAGCCAUGCAACAGAUUGGUUUCGGUGCUAGAUCUGUAUUCGCCGCAGCCGCAGUCUUCAGGCGGCGACUCGCCCCCCGCGCCCUCUGCCGCCAAGCAGCCAAAAAACGAGAAGAAGCCUCCCUCCAUUACACCGCCCACUUCCGCAUCACCUGUCGCCGUAGUAGUUUCUAAGCCGGUGUUGACCCCAAUGAAGAACGGCGCGGAUAUCAAGAUCGAGCCGCCGAAGAUGGAGCCGAUCAGGUACACGUAUCCGGCGUACCCGGGCCUGGCGGCGCCGUACCCCGCGGUGUACUCGGCGCCGCCGCCCGUGCUGCCGCCGCCGCCGAGGCUGGCGCCGCCGCCGAUGUACGCGGAGCCGCCGCCGCCCGCGCCGCCGCGCUUCCCGCCGGUGAACGUGCCGCCGCCCAACUACUACCCGCCGCUGCGGCCGCCCGGCCCGCCUCCGCGACCCUACUACCCGCCUCCCUGAUCCUAGUCUAAGCGAUAGGUUAUUGUAUAAUUUUUUACCGAAAUAUAAUUUUAGACUAUA